AUGGCGUGUGCACAGCCUAGCGAUACAGCUGGAUUGUUGAUUAUUUGUUAUGUACUCCACGAAAUCAUCGAGAAUUUGGCAACCGAUAAAAGUUCUCUUUAUGCCACUUUGCUCGUAAGUCGUGACUGGUGUCGUACAACCGUUCCUAUUUUAUGGAGAAAUCCAUUCGAACUAUUACCUACAACAUGGGAUCAAGAUCUAGUUAAAAUACGUUCACUGCUUCGAGUGUACUUUGCAUAUGUGACUGGCGAUGAUAUGGCUGCGGUAAAAACCUGGAACGUUCGAAUACCUAAACUCCGCUCCUCACCCACUUUUGAUUACAUUGCAUUUCUUCAGAAUUUAAACGACCGUCAUGUGAUUACUGCGGUUAACAUACUAUUCCCUUACUUGACUGAAGGAUUCGCCUAUCCGAUCGGGCAUAACAGAGUUUGUUAUGCGCUCAUAAAAGAAAUGAUUCGUCGUGCUUCUAAUCUUGCAGAGGUGACUAUUUCGGCACAGCAUUGGGCGAUACUGCCAAACGAGCAUAUCGAAGGUUUCUUUGCCAUGCUAGGCGAACAACACCCAAAAAUUCGUAAAUUGAGAUUUCGACUUCGUAAUUUCGGCUCAUAUUUGUAUGCUGAUGACCAAUUGAAAUAUGCUGUCUGCGCAUCAACUUUAAUUCAUCAGUUGAAAUAUCUUGAGGAAGUUGAAUUCGCAAAUAUCGAUGUAGGAUUAACCGAAAUAUUGGAAACACUUAAAACUCGACCAACCUCAUUAAUUAAGAUCAAAUUUCGAUAUUGUUGUUUUUACGAUGGACGACAUGCAAUUCUUAGAGAUUGGGAAUCGUUGGAGGGACUAGAGGAAUUCCUGUCGGUCGGUUGUCAUCAUUUAGCUUCUAGUGAUUUACGUUUCCUAGAAGAAAAAAUGAUUGUAAAGGAUAAAAUGGGUUUACGUGUGCAGUUAAUUGGAAAAGAUAAAAAUAAUGAAAAUCAAUUAGAAUCUAAAGAUUCGAAAUAA